AAUGAUCAUCGAAAAUUAAAGAUGUUUUGGAAAGGAAAUAGCAAAUUCAACUCUGCAUUAAUCCAAGGAAAUAGGUAUGAUCGUAGAAAAACAUAAAAAACCUUUUUCGAUAAUUCCAAAGGUCUUUACUACAAGUUUGGAUGAUAAAGAAAAUAAAUUGUUUAAAAGAGAAUCAGAAAAAAUACCUAUUGAAAUAGAAAUAGAAAAGAGCAAGGAAUAUUUAAAUCCAUAAAAAGUAGAAUUAUAUUCGAAUGAAAUUUUACAACACUUAUUAAUGGAGGAAGUAAUUAUUUUAGUUAAUUUUAGAAUAAAUAUAUUAUAAAUUAAUAUAUGACACCUGAGCAAUAACCAGACAUCAACAUUAAAAUGAGAGCCAUUCUUGUAGAUUGGUUAGUUGAUGUCCAUGCUAAAUUUAAGUUGAAGGAUGAAACUCUUUACAUUACAAUUUCAUUAAUUGAUCGUUAUUUAGCUUUAGCUUAAGUGACAAGAAUGAGAUUGUAAUUAGUAGGUGUGGCAGCCUUGUUUAUUGCUUGUAAAUAUGAAGAGAUAUAUCCUCCUGCAUUAAAGGAUUUCGUUUAUAUUACAGAUAAUGCAUAUGUGAAAAGUGAUGUUUUAGAAAUGGAAGGUUUAAUGUUAUAGGCUUUAAAUUUCAAUAUCUGUAAUCCUACUGCUUAUUAAUUUUUACAAAAAUACUCAACUGAUUUAGAUCCUAAAAAUAAAGCGUUAGCUUAAUAUAUACUGGAAUUGGCUUUAGUUGAAUAUAAAUUUAUUAUAUAUAAACCAUCUUAAAUUGCUUAAUCAGUUAUAUUUUUAGUUAAUAAGAUAAGGUAAUAUAUUUUAAAUAAUUAUAGAACUCCUACACAUAAAACAUAGAAUGAAAAUUAAUUAAAACCUUGUGCUAAAGAAUUAUGUACAUUACUUUAAACUGCAGAUUUAAGUUCUUUAUAAGCAGUCAGAAAGAAAUUCAAUGCUACUAAAUUUUUUGAAGUUUCGAGAAUUAAAGUAGAAAAAACAAACAAUUGA